AUGACUUCCACCGCCCAUGACAGGGAGAUGCAGAUGGCGAUCAUUCAGAGCGAAAUCGAGUCGGUACCGCUUCUUAGUGAUCCCGUGGAGGCGCUGUCGGAGACAUGUAGUCUCGUGAAGGAAUUUGCCAAUAGUGCAUCGAUUUUGCCAAAAGUACUUUCGCUUUUUGCGUCCGACAAUGACGACCGCUACAGUGGCAUCCGGUAUGCACGACGGGAUGGGAACUGUUUCUUCCGCUGCGUUGUAUUUUCUCUGCUGGAAAGUAUGCUUGGCGAUAGCGAGCUGACGGCGAGGUACUUGGAACAGGCCACAGAACUGCGCACGAAGCUCAUUGAGGACUACGGUGAUUUUGUGGAGGACUUCUGCGAAGCGGCGAUUGCUGUGAUCCACCAAAUUGAGUCUGGAGGCUGCACGACGUCGGAGGAGCUGUAUGCACUGGCGACCUCGCAUGAUUCCGAGUACGUGAUUUACUUCUACCGCUACGCUGUUUCAAAUUACAUACGUGGCCAUAAAGAUGACUUUCUUCCGUUUGUGAUGGGCCUUAAUUACGAAAACGUUGAAGACUUCUGUCGGGCCGAAGUGGAUGCGGUCUCAAGCGAAAGCGAUAAUGUGCAGGUUGUGGCAUUUGCCAGAUGCUUCCAGUUGAAAAUUGUUGUGGAGUACUUGGACGGUAGCGUUGGUACACGCACCACACGCCACUCAUUUUCCGGUGACUCUAGCGGUACCGGUGACAACACUUCUCUUGUGGUGACACUGUUGUACCGUCCAGGGCACUACGACCUCCUGUACAAGUGA